ACACUGCCCUCGCAUCUCUGCUUUCCCCCAUAUCAGAACCCAUCUCCCAGCAAAAUCCAAAGCCAGCACUCACUUCUGAGAGCGUCUCUGAGAGAGCCUCUUCCCUCUCCAUCCCCUCCCUUGUGUUCAUCUCGGAAUGGCCGGAAGGAGAACGCACUCGCCACCGCAGCUGAAUCUGGCAGUACCGUUCCUCGCACUGCUCCUCUCCGUCACCACGCCGGUCCACGGCCUUAACAUCGGCGUCCGGUCCGUCGACCCCGGCAUCGCCACGAGCAAGCAGCAGUGCAGCAGAAAGUGCGAGUCCGAUCAUUGCACUGUGCCACCCUUCCUGAGGUACGGCAAAUACUGCGGCAUCUUAUACAGCGGGUGCCCGGGGGAGAAGCCAUGCGAUGCUCUUGACGCCUGCUGCAUGGUCCAUGACGCCUGUGUGCAGGCCAAACAUGACUACCUGAGCCAGGAGUGCAACGAGAACUUCCUCAACUGCAUCGAAGCGGUGAGGGCAUCCGGGAAGGGGACCUUCAGGGGGAACAAAUGCAUGGUGGAGGAGGUGAUGGAUGUGAUCACAUUGGUGAUAGAGGCUGCCUUGUUAGCUGGAAGGGUCCUUCACAAGCCAUAGAAAGGGCGGGUCCAAAUUAUUAUUUUAGGUCUCUUCUUUUGGGGAUCACACGUGACCCUACAGAGUUGGAAAUGUUUUGGCAUCAUAAUUGUACUUCUACUCUUCAAGGCACGUGACCAUAAGAAAUUUUUUUUUUGGCUAUCGUUUA